AUGUCGUCAGUAAUUGCGAUUAGUUCACGUGUUGUUAAUGACACGACUGCAAGCUUUGACGAGUUUAUCGAAACCGUGUCUGGCUGGAAUGCUUUCUCUAGUCUUUGGAUAUCAUGGGCUGUUACGUGGUUGUUGCGACUCUAUUUCUCAUACUCAACCGACGAUGAUAAAGACAAAGAUAAUAAAGACGGUAAUGAAGCGUCUACAAGCAAACGUUUUCGGAUAAGAAAGCAAUUUAAAAUAAUCCACAAAAAUUUUACCCAACUGUUGUUGGGUCUGCUCUCCGUUUUGACUUUCAAUAGUCUGGCUAAUAAUUCAAGUACCGCGGUCGAAAUUCUUAGUUGGAUAUACUUGGGAUUUGGUCUAUUUUGGGUAUAUUCGCUAGCAUGGGCUUCGAGAAGGGGUCAUAUAAUCUACAGAUUCUUCGGACUCUUUGGUGGCGUAGUUCAAACUGGCAUUUUACUUGCUAUCUUUAUUCUCGCUUUAAUUCAUCGUGAUGCCAUUAGCAAUAAAUGA